UGACGUUGACAGAUUGCCAAUUUGUCAUUUAUCCGCAUAUCUUUUUGUGAAUAAAAAUCUUUUUGGUGCUCUCAUGUUUAUUUAAAAAAAAUAAUUAAAAAUUGUAUAAAUAUAAACAUGAAAUCAUACAUAAUAUGCCUUUUUCUACUAGCCAUAACUUAUGGAGCUAAUGCCUGGGACAAAGAUGAACUAGAAAUCUUCGAUUUAGUCGAAGAAAUUAAUAAAAACUUCUAUGAAGUAAUGGGAAUUUCUCAGGAUGCAACUGGACAAGAAAUUAAACGAGCUUUUCGUAAUUUAUCCAUUGUCCUUCAUCCUGACAAAAACAAUGCCGAAGAUGCCAAUAUUCAAUUCAGAAAUUUGGUGUCCAUCUACGAAGUUCUCAAAGAUCCAUCAAAAAGAGAAAAAUACAACAAAGUAUUGAAGGAAGGACUGCCUAAUUGGAAAUCUGCACUCUAUUACUAUCGUCGAAUGCGUAAAGUGGGAUUGUAUGAAGGAGCAGCAAUUAUCUUUGUCAUCAUAUCUGUUGGACAGUAUUUGUUCUCUUGGGCAGCCUACUUAGAAAAGAAAUACACCGCUGAGCAAGUAUUUGGUUCCAGAUUGAAGAAACUUCAGAAGAAAAACAAGAAUAUUGAUCUAGAUGCCAUAUUAAACGAGAUACCACCUCCAUCAAUACUAAAUACAUUACCUUUUCAAAUACCAAUGUUCUUCUGGAAUCUCCCGACAACGAUCAAAUCAGGUGUAUUAAAGGCAAAUGAAAUGAAAGAAGCUGCUCUGGAAAAACGAAGAUUGGAAGCUGAAGAAAUCAAACGUCAACAAGAACUAGAAGAAGAAUUCGAGGAGAUGGCAAGAGCUAGAAAAGAGAAGAAGGAAAAUAUUCGCAAGCGGCGACAAGCCACAAAAGCUCCGGAAAAAACCGAUGCCGAUCUGGCUGGUUAUUCCCGUGUCGAAGCAAGGGAAUUUAACGAAAAUGACGCUGUCAAGCCUGUCACACAAAAGACAACUCCACUAAGUGGUGGUUUCUGGACUGAUGAAGAUCUGGCCGAGUUGAUACGUUUGGUAAAGAAAUAUCCUGGCGGAGCUGGCAGUAGAUGGGAAACCAUUGCUGAGACAAUGAAUCGCUCUGUCCAAGAGGUUACAUUUAUGGCAGCCAAAAUGAAAGAAAACGGCUAUCGAAUUCCUGGUCAAACAGACAGUGUGGCCGAGAAUAUAGUCCAAGAUGUGGCUUUGAAAAAAGAAAAAUUGAAAAAAAACGAUAAAACUAUUCUGAUUCCAGAAAAGAAUUGGUCUCAAGAACAACAACGCGCCUUAGAAAAUGCCAUAGUGAAAUAUCGCAAAGCAGCAGGAUCAGAUCGUUGGCAAAAAAUUGCCAACUGUGUUCCGGAGAAGACAAAGGAAGAAUGUCUCCUGCGGUAUAAACAUUUGUGUGAUUUGGUUAAAUCACAAAAAUCUAAGGCAGCCGAUGAUGAAGAGAAGAAUGAGGAAGAUGAAGAAGAUAAGGGAACUGAAACAACAGCAAAUCGUGUCGAAGAUCUUCAAGAUGACGAUAAUGCUCAGGCAGAUGUUGAAGAGGAAGAAGAACAAGAUGAAUUAAAGCACACAGAUGAGGAACAAACUAAAUCCAAGGGAAAGAAGCGCAACAAGCGAAAAGAGAGGAGACGAAGAAGAGAAUAUUCGAGUGAUGAAGAUUCGGAUGAUGAAGGUAUCUAAGAAAAAAGUCAUAUAGUUAGGUAGUAUUUAUCAGCAACUUGAUAUAUUGUAUAGUUUAGCAUUGUCCAACGUUCUAGAUUUGUUUUUAUAUAUAAAUGUAUAGAUGUGUAGCUUACAAUAAUAAAAUCGCCCAAUAUAAAUAAUAA